CACUGAAGAAGAUAACUGUCACGCCCUCACAAACAUCAUGGCGGCCCCCAUGGUAGUCGGUCGAAAUAUUCGCACCUUCGCAAGGAUAUUCGUAGGAGUCUCACAAUCGGUACAGUAUUUACUAUUCUUAAUAUUAAGUAUAUUUGCGUUCUCGUUAUUAAUGGGUUAUCCACAUGUAUUAUCUAAUACACGAAGCUUCUCGCACAGAUUCUGCCUGUGCGUGUGAACUUAGUUAGCCAUUCAGCUCUGCUCUCUAGGGCGUUACUAACAACCUGGACCAGAGCUAGCCCAUAGUUAGCUAUCUUGAUCAUGUUUUGUUAAUUCAAAGUUUUAGCUAAUAACAAUUUGACCCGUUUUUACAGCGACCAAUAGGAUUGAACGCUUGCAGAUAUCAUGGGAGAUCUACAUUAUUUCGGUAUGUACCUAGCUAACUAACUAGCGGACUAAACUGAACUCCAUGAUACAUUUUUGAAGUAUUGACAAUUCUUUGCUGAAAUCCAUACUUUUUCAAUAAACGUUAAUCAAAUGCAACCACCAACUGCUCGUUUCUAUUUCUCGAAGGUGGCAACUCCGCGCGAAUGCGAAAUUUGAUUGGUCGACACACCGUCUGCGAUUUGAUUGGUCAAUUAGUAUUUGGAGACCUACCCUACGUAAUCGGAGAUGUGCACAUUCGCGCUGACUUGCUUGCCAUCUUCGAGAAACAGAAACGAGCAAAUAGUCGGUGGUUGUAAUUGAUUAACGUUUAUUGAAAAAUUAGGGAUUUCAGCAAACAGAAAGGCACGCAACUACAGAGACAAACAUAGGUAAUAGGUAAGCGUUUCAUUAUUUACAUUUUCGGGAAGUAUUGACUUUGGUUGGGCGAAUCGAUGUAGUCGGAACUGAAUUCCACAAAGUCUGGUCUCUACUGAACUCCGAUGGCGGAGUUCAUCAGAAACUUUCUUCACCAUGGAGUUGAGUUUAGUCAGCUACUAGCUAUAGUCUUCAAGUGUAAAAUCCAUAUAGUGAACGUUUGCUACUUGUCAAUCAUGUAGCUAACUAAUCCAACUCCAGUUUCACCUUCUCCAUUCUCCUACAACAGCCCUCUCCAGUUGACUGCAGCCUGCCUCCACACUGGAACCUUCUCUUCCUCUCUUCCCUCAUCUGUGAGUCAUCCUGUUUUGUUUUCGACACUCCCAGCACAAUGGCAAUAGCCUUGAUGCCCCCAGCACUCGUGUGCCAAUAGCCUUGAUGCCCCCAGCACUCGUGUGCCAAUAGCCUUGACGGUGUUUCUCUGUGUGGUUUCGGCUCAACUCCUUCAACACCCUGUCUACAUCACCUUGAUGCACUGUUAGUCUAUAACUUUUAAUUGUCAGAUCACAUGGCCAAGAAAAAGUCAGUACCCUACAUAGAGCAUGGAUGACAGACACUAUUCUGCUGAACUUUAUCUAGUAAAUGACACAUUUCUCUUUUCCUUCCAGGUGAUUGUCACAGAGGAGCCAGACACGCUGUACCAGAAGGUGUCUGUGCUGGUUAAGGGCCAUGACAAAGCAGUCCUGGACAGCUAUGAGUUCUUCGCCAUCCUGGCUGCCAAAGAGCUGGGAGUCACUCUGGGCAAAGUGUGAGUUGACAGAGAGAGGUGUUACACUGUCACAUCAGUUGUAUUAUGUUCCCAUCUCUGUUGAGUUGUCCUUUGACUAAAUGAGAUACUAAAUUAGCACAGAGCAUAACUUUUAUAUUUAGGUAGCAGUGCCAAUCUGCUUUGAUGAUAAUGCUCAAUAUUUUUGUUUUCUUACUGUGGGAACAAUACUUGUUCAAAAGGCUGUCUGUUUAUUUUCCUUUUGCACUAGAUUUGAGCCUCCAAAGAACAUUGAGCGGCUGACACUUCUGAAAUCUGUCCACAUCUUCAAGAAACACAGGGUCCAGUACGAAAUGAGGACGCACUACCGCUGCAUAGAGGUGAGGCCAACAGUUUUCUUCCACCCUUAAGUUCCUACAAAUGCCUCUGCCCUAAUCUUUUUCAGAACUAGAACAUUCCAUUGGGGAUUGUUUCCACUCCUAUUGAUUCUGUUAGAACUCCUGAAGAGUCAAUAGAUUUAUAGGGUUUUGGGUUUAUUUCAAGAUGAGAUGGGUGGCUAUAGGGAAGGUUCAAUGGACUGAUACAGGGGGUCGGUGUUAUGUUUACAUCUUCUUUUCAUCUCUCUCCCUUAGCUCUCUCGUGUGACUGGAUCCACUGCACAGGUGUACCUGGAAUACAUACAGAGGAAUCUGCCUGAGGGUGUGGCCAUGGAGGUGACCAAGGUAAGAUUGAGAAGAUGUUACAGGUUCUAGAUAGGUUUCCUUUUUAAAAAUGUAUUUUACAUUUGUGUCCCCUUUUUUUUUCAUACCAAAUACAAACGCACACAAACAACGACUACAUCUCUUCUGCCCAGACACACAUGCUCACACCCCAUCCCUAGUGCCUGCAUUAUUGUUUGCCACAUGGCCUUCACCCAUGCUAUUUCAUUAUUUUGAUAAUAAAUCAUUAGAUGUUUCCAUUGUGUUAAUGAUGGCGGAUUGAUUGAUUUCCACGUUUUUAAAUAAAUGUUUUUUCAAGAUGAGUCUUCCAGCCCAUUGGGUAUCUCACUACACCCCCAUAUGCCAUGUCUUGAAAUAUGCAGGGUCCGGAUAGGUUCCAUUGUACAGCCAGGUCAACCACAAUGUCAACCGUCCACAAUCUUCAUUUUUUUUUAAUGCAUUGGUAUGCCGUCUUAUGUCAACAGGAAUAAGAUCAGUCAUAUGCCUUAAUCUGUUUUGGGUAUAAUAAAGGAUUUAGCAUUCUUAUACACACACUCAUAUUUGAAAGUACACCGACUCCACUUCUGGUUGUAAUAUUUCUGUCUAUCUCUUUAGACCUCCAUGGAGAAGGUUCCAGAGCAUAUCCUGGAACCUAUGUGGAACGACCCGCCCACAGAAGAGAAGCCCAGCCAAUAAGAGCAGAGUCACAUACAUAAGCUGCUUACCUGCUGGCUGUUCCCAGCACCCAAUCAAGAAGACAGAACCUCCAGCCCUGAGAGACUGGUCCAGAGAAUAUGCUUGUUGACAAGGGUCAGCCAGAGCAAGGCGCUGCGUAGAUGAUCUGAUCAACUUCUGAACAAAUAGGUAUUAAUUUAACUGAUCCUUAUCAUUGAAUCAUUGGCAAGCGAACUGUGCGGCCCCUAGCUCAGGCCAACCCUCAUGAACAAGCAGUGACUCAGUAUCUGUGGAUCAGGACAUCCUCCACAAAAUCAAGAACUGAAACAGACUAUUUCAGUCCAGAGAGAUGGUCAGUAGUCAUCUGCUCUCUGAGUUCAGCUUAUGCUGCUCAUUUUAGUUGGCUUUCUUUUUCUUGUAAUGUCCACAUUUCUGUACUCCAACAGACUACAGGAUAUGUGUUAUGUAUGUUUUGUUAUUAAACUAUUAAUUAUCAUAAGUCUUUAUCGUUCUUUGUUUCUAGGGCUUUGUUUUAUGAUAUGUUUUCUGUUUUCAUGUGCAAGUCAGUCAGAUUCAUAACUGUUGUUUUCACAACAUAAAUUAAGAUAUUUUGAGAGUUAUUUGCCAGAUAAAGAGGGAUUAUGUUGGAUGUAACAUAUGCACCAUAGCAGACUGAUGUUCUUGAUGGGUAUUGAUUUGGUUUGCAUUGUGUGAAUCUGUAAGCAGUAUAGAAGGCCAACACAGGACAUUGAAGGUGUUUAUUGAAGGACAGCAAUACACAACUCAAAAGGCAAAACUGGAAAUGAUUGCACUGAAUUAGAUAAAAAUUUUUUUACAUACUCAUCACAAUGUCUACUGGCUACUGACAGUGCGAAUUUCAGAUCCUUUCCUUAUUCUGACCAAAUGAAAGGCCAGUGCUUCUUCAUGUUAUAUAAGCAGUUGUCCAAGUAAAAUUCCCUUCAAUUAAUCAACAUGGUCACUUCCUCUGGCUGCUCUACAUUAAAACCUCUGAUCCGGCCCCUCCCCUUCUCUCCCCCUGGAUCCAGAUGAGUCAUACGUAUGAUGACAACGCUCAGCCAUUAAUCAUAUUAAGCCCUGUGUGAGUCAUCUCAUCCUUGGGUGGAGAUGAGUGAGGAAGCUUUGAUCGCUUUAAAAUCUUUGCUGCAGUUGACUCAGGCAAUGUUAAAAGGUCAUUUCUGCUAUCCUUAUAUGUCAAAUAUGUAUAUUUCAUAUUUCGGUGCAGUAUUGAUAAUUUGUAUUGACAAGUAGGCUAUGGACUGGUGGUAAACUAUUAAAGGCCCAGUGCAGUCAAAA